AUGGCUUCCCAGCAAAUUCAGGCGGAAGCUCAAAAGCACGGAGAGAAUAUUGGCCUUCGUGUUGCCCGGAGCCUGGGCAAGCGCAUGUCCAUAGGCGGUGGCUCGAAAGACACCACAAGCAAAGAGCACACUGAUCAGACUGGCACUGAUCAGCGUGCUAUUGAUAAGGGCGAACAAAUCAAACAGGGCACUGGCCAGAGCGGCAUUGACCAGCAGGCUGCCGAUCAAGGCGAACAAUUCAAACAGAGCACUGGUCAGGCAUUGGUCAGAGUGGUAUUGGUCAGCAGACUCUCGAAAAAGGAGGACAAGUCAAGGAUGAAACCACCCAAGGGAAACUUCGGCAGUGCCAAAGGUCUCGCGGGAAAGGAAGAAAGUCCCAGAGAUGUCGUUAGUGGAGGAGACACUGCCGGUGCUAUCGGUGGUGCCGGAUCAAAUACGGAAUACCUAAGCCCAGCAAGUGCUGAAAACGCUGGACGCCGAAUGUUUGGCAGCGUUUCAGUCGGGCCACCGGAACCCAACGACGAUAUUCGAAGAGGUCCUAUCUGGCCUGGACCCGGAGACCAGAGGCAAACAGGCAAUACUGCUUCCAAAGGCGCUGGAAGCAGCGCCAAAGGAGGACUGAGCCAGGAAAAAAUGCAAACCAGUCAGGCACAAAGUCAGGGCCAGGCUGUUGGUAGAUCGCCAGGAAUUGCUUGGGCUCAGAGCCAAUCUGAUUCGGGCCAGCAGAAUUGGAGUCAAACCAAAGAAAGCACCACCAAGACCACCGACCAGACCUUUUCCCAGACAAGUGCUAAAGGAUUGGGGCAAGAUCAGCAGCAAGACCUGAGGAAAGAAUCGAGCGUUCUUGACCCGACUAGCGACAAUUUCCGCGCAAACGAAGCCGGAGGAAUUAGCCCUACUCAGAAAACGAUGGGCAACAAAUCCGAAGGGCAAUACGGCGCCAUGAAAGAUGAAGCCAAAAUGGGCGAUGCAAGUAAGGACAAAGACAAAUCUUCCCAAGGCCAUGGAUUAUUGGGCCAAGCAAAAGAGAAGUUCAAUCAAACCCUGGGGGUCGGCAGCCAGAGAAAGAAAGCGACCUCCCAGAGCAAGUCCAAGCAAGCCAAGGGUGGAGCAGCAGCUGCAGGUGGAAUGGCUGGAGCUGGACUCGCUGCACAAGGAAACAGUGCAGGCGGAACUUUUGGUGGUGGUGGUGACUCUAUCAGCGAUGAGUUCAACAUCAUAUCAGGUAUCAGUGACGAUGUCUUCAGUGAUGGAGCUGCUGGUAAGACUGCCGCCAAGGGUAUGGGCCAGGGCCUUGCAGGAAAAUCCUCUACCCCCAAGAAGAAGGGCGACAUGGCCAAAGGAAUGACCGCAGGGAAGACCCCACAGGCCUCCAAGCAGUAUAAACAAGGUGGAAAAUCAGUUGCCGCGGGCCAGGGUAUCAACAAGGAAAAAGGAGCCUUGGGCCAGGGCACAUCCGACAUGUCCACCAACCCGAUGAGCCAGAAGCUGUCCAAACAAGGCGGUAUAACCAUGGGAGGUAUGGCCGCCAUGUCUGGAUCUUCAGCUUCUGACAAUGGAGCAUUUGGAGGCUCGGGGGGCCGAGGUGCUGGUGCCGGACUUGCUACCGGUGCCGCUGGCAUGGCCGGGGCUGGAGCUCUUGGAACUGGUCUCAAGCAGAGUGGAAGCCAAAAGGGCAUGGGUCAAGCAGGUAUGGGUCAAGCAGGUAUGGGCCAAGCAGGUAUGGGUCAAGCAGGUAUGGGUCAAGCAGGUAUGGGCCAAGCAGGUAUGGGUCAAGCAGGUAUGGGCCAAGCAGGUAUGGGCCUAGCAGGAAUGGGUCAAGCAGGUAUGGGUCAAGCAGGUAUGGGCCAAGCAGGCAUGGGCCAACGAGGCAUCAUGAGUGAAGAAGCCACCAGCUCGACCACCGGUGUCUCCUCUACCCGUGUCGUGCAGAACCUAAGUGGAAGUAGCCACCGAGUUACCAUCUUGCAAGAGAAGGUUCAAUCCGUGACGCAGAAAUGCAAGACUCAACUGGGCCUGUCUGCAAUCGAGAUCACUCAGCGAGGCCCUACUGUCGAUGCUUUCUUCGAUGCUGUGGCUGCCGAGCGCCUGCGCUGGAUGCCCCGCGACGGAAGCCGACUGGAUUGCAGUCUGAGAUGGGCUUCUCGUCUCGCCUAUGCGGUUGAUGCCCUGCGUGAAUCAAUCGGGGCCUUUGCACCCGGCGCCAAUGAGGCGGCGAAGAUGAUAUGGGGUUUCUUGAUUCUACUUUUGGAGUCUGAUAUUGACAACACCGACCUCUUCGAGAGUGUCUUUGGAAGAUACGGUCGUGUGGCUGUUGGCAUUCACCUGCUGCUUCAAUAUGAAACUGCUUACAAGUCAUCUCCCGAGCUUCAGCCAGAGGCGGCUGCCGUGUUCGCAGAUCUCCUCGAGAUGAUCUCCACCACCUCUUCCAGCUGUAUUGAAGGCUUCAAGAGCAAGGAGUCUGAGCAUGUCACCGGCCACAACGUGGAUUCUGGUUUCGUGAUCUACGCCAGACGUUACUCUACCCACUGGAAUACCAUUGUCGAGUCUGCUACCUCCAAGGUUGUCAGGCACAGCUCGUUGAUCUACUCGAGCCCUGAGCUGGGAAGUCUUCGACAGUUCCUGGGAGUACAGGAUCGCCCUCUGCAAUUCAUUCUUGAUUCUCGCAGCCACACUUUGGUCGAUGGAUCAUUUGAAUGGUUCAACAAUACUCUUUAUGACUUCACUAUUGGAAAGUCUCCUGUCUUGCUCAUGACUGGUGGCCCUGGAGCUGGAAAAAGUGCUAUGGCACAGUGGACUGUGGAGCGAUUGCAGGAAUCGGCCGAACAUGAUAGUUGGAAUGUCAUUCCCUACACCAUUCGCGCUGAUAUUCCGGUCGCAACACUCCCUCUGCGCAUCCUGAAGGGCGUUCUCCAUCAAAUGCUAGAUCACUCUGUCAGUGAUAGGAAAACACAGGAAGCUAUUCUUGUCCAGGUCGCCCACGCUGCUCAAGCUGCCAUGGAUGGUGCUUUCGAGUCGGAGGUAGAGGAAAGUCUCUGGAAGGGUAUUCGCGCUGGACUGGCUUCGAAUAUCCAGUACAUGUUUGUCGUCGAUGGUCUUGACCAGAUUAAAGGCGGCGAUUCCGAUGCGAUUGCCUUCUUGGAGAAGAUCACGGCCGUCUUGGACGAGCAGAAUGCCGGCUCAAAGAUGAUUGCCUUCACUCGUCCUCUCAGCUCGAAGCUCAGUACCAGAAACAUUGGACAGUUCACGAUCCAAAGCGCCCAGACUCAUACCGACCUCUCCACGUAUGUCCACAAGAUGCUCUCAUCUGGCUCCCACUUCGAAGAAUCGAAGAAGAGUCAGCUUCAAUCUGCUGUAUCUGCCAUUGUCAACCGCUCCCAAGGAUCCUUCAGCUGGGCUGAGAUGGCAAUUGCUCACGCCGGCCAGCAGAGAAAUCCGGCGCAGUCAAUUUCGUCUAUCCAAGGCUUACCUCAAACCAUGCCGGAGCUCUUAGACUUCCACAUGAAGAGUCUAGAUCUGAGCCAGACAGAGACCAGGUCAAUCAUGGCCUGGUUGGCUGCUGCCGAGCGACCCUUGCUGGUGGAGGAAGUCGAACAGCUCAUGGCUGUCGAUGCAAAGGGACCAAGCUUCGUGUCGCGUGCCUCUCAUGUCGACUCUGCAUGGGCCGCUGCUCUUCGACCUCUAGUUAUGACCCGCGAUGGCGUUGUCUCUUUUGCGCAUACGUGUAUUCGCGACCAUGUCAUCAAACAGGUCAGAUCUGUCGGUGACAAAUCACCACUCACCCUGAAGGAGGCCCAUCACGAUCUUCUGACAAGAUGCCUGGCAUGGGUCCAGCUGAGUGUUCGCGAAGAGAGUGAAAUCUCAAUGGACAAGCUGAGCAUGGAGGAGCGCAACCGUCUGUUUGAUAAGUAUGCUGUGCUGGAAUACACCGCACGCUAUUGGAUGUCGCAUCUUCUGUCAUCGCCUCUAGUCACAGACGCCGGCGAAUUCCAGUUCACUGCCAGCUUCAAAAAGCUUCUUCCUGUGACUGUUCUGUUUGCUCGCCUCGAGCUUACGUGCAAGGAGUCGCAGUUCACUCGGUCCAGUGUCCUUGAGCUAUACCGUCUCGCGACUGAUAUCCGACGCCUGGUCCUUGGUGAAAAGUCGAUGGCACUCCUGCAAAGUCUGCUACUUAGCGCUCGUGUUUCCAAACUGGCACAUGCUAGUCAUGCAGAAGAGCACUGCUAUGAUGCUUGGAGACUCAGUCAAGAGCUUCUGGGACAAUCUGACAGCAUCACUUUGGCCUGUGCCGAGAUGAUGACACAGUCAUUUACCGAGAGUGGAACUAUGACUACCCAACAGGAGGAUAUUAUGAAGUAUCUCAUCCUGACCGACACGGAGAUCACUGGCGUGGAAUUCAACCAGCGACUAAAGUACCUCGGAAUGAUCGUCACUACAUACAAGUCGCGCAGCGACAAUCACUCUGCUCUUCUGAUCUCCCGGGAAUACUACCAGCAGAUCCUGGUUAAGUAUGGUUCCAGCUCUAGACAAUCGUCUGAGACUGCCGACUUCCUCACUGGUCAGUUCUCGAGUACUGGAAGUGACGAGAUGAGUCGCGAUAUCGCACGUACCAAGUAUGACAAUGUGGUUCGCACCAUGGAUGUCACCGACGAACGCCGCAUCAAGUAUGCUCUGUACAUGGCUCAGCUCUACGAGUCUCAGGGCGAAAAGGCUCAAGCUCAGGGAAUCUUGUCAAAUCUCUGGACCGGUCUGAACUCUCGCGACAUCGAUUCCGUCGAUAUGAUGGACAAGAAGGCCAAUGUCGCUCUCGUCUACUACCAGUUCCUGCGUCGCCAGGGCCGCAAUGAUGAGGCUGAGGUGAUCAUUCGUGAAUUGGUCGCUGACCUUGAGAUCACUGGUAUUCAUUCCAAUGAGAUGAUGCAGCGCGUGCAACUGCUUCGCGCCGAGACCCAAGAGAUGCACAUGUACAGCCUGGAUCGGUCCUUGUCUAUCCUGAUGUGGAAUUACUACAAGGAAAGCAACCAGGAAUAUUCCUCCGAUGCCGUCGAGCUUGCUAUGUCGCUAGCCGAAGGAAUGGCAAAUACCGUGUCUAUCGAAGACAGUACUUCUCUAUCUGGUCGCGACCGCAAGCUGAUGGUUGAAUUGUUGGACUCGAUUACCUCGUCACCCAGCAACCUUUCCGUCUCCACCCUCAUUCUCUGUCACAACCUCUCGAGUAUUUAUGUUCGUGAGGAAGAUUGGUCGGAAGCUAGCGAUUGCUCAAAGGCUGUCCUACAGCACGUCUGGCCUACCGUCGAGCAGGCCGGAUCUCACAAGAAGCUUCCAACUGAGCUGGCACCUCCCGUGGCUGAUCUGGCUCUGGUCCUGGCAUAUUGCCAUUUCCGCAGACUUCAUCUGGAUCAAGCUACUAUUGUUUAUGAGAAUGCCUUUGGAUCACUUGUUGCAUCUGAAAGAGUGCCCGUACCUUCGGUUCUUGCUGUGGCAAAGGCCGUCGUUGAAUUCUAUGAGACAACCUUCCAGUUCACCAAGGCGUUGACCCUGCUCCAUUCAGUUAGCAAUUUCCUCACGAGUCGUCUGGGAGAAACUCACAAGCACACCAUUGAGAAUCUAUACUUGGAAGCUGCCCUGGCAACCCGGUUGGAGAUGAACCAUGAAGCCAAGAGUACCUACCAGCGCAUCUACAAUACAACCCUGCGCGGCAGUACCAUCGCACCCGAAGGAAUGGAAGCAGCACUUGCUCUCAUUGUUCUGUACGAGAAAGAGCUGCAGUGGGACUCUGCUCUUGAUGUCUACCGCCAUGUCUGGCCUACCCUUGUCAUGCACGAGCAAAUGUCCGUAUACGACAGAAUGCAGACCGAGAAACUGAUUGAGAAGACCUACCUUGGCUACAUGAAUAUUCUGACAACACGGACGAAGAGUACUGAAUUCACCGAGCGCUACAAGGUGGCAUCUGAAUACGUGAUGACCUGUGAAACCGUAUACGGUCCCACGCACCAAAAGACCCUCAGCGCAACCCUACUCUUCGCCGAGCUAUGCGAGUCCAACGACUCGUAUAUAGACGAAGCCAUCUCGCUGUACAAGAAGCCCCUGCAAACAAGCGAAUGGGUUCCUACUUCGCAAUCUGCAAAGGGUCUCGACCAGAUGACACAGCCUCUGCCAAUUACAUUGAAACACAAGCUGGCUCAGUUGUUCGUUCGCAAGCGUGAUUCUACCAGUGAAGCUCGCUCGUUGUAUACUGAAGAGUAUCAGCUCGCCAAGAAGACCCAGGGAUUCUUCUCAACAACCACCCUCUCUUGGCUCCGCGAACUUGCUCUUGCACACUCGCGCCAGGGCACGCCUACCUCCGUGCAGCAGGGUAAUGCCCUUCUCCACACAUACGUGACAGACGUCCUUCACGCCGGCGGUGAAACAGACAUGAUGGCCGACUGGGCUCGCAAGAUCGCCGCGAUCUACCUAGAAUGCGGCUUCAUCGAAGGCGGCAACAAUGUCCUGAGACGAACUGCGUCACCGUGUCCAUUCGAAGAAUCAUUCGGACGCCGCGCCAGCUCCACACAAAUUAUGACCGAAAUGGCCCGCGAGAUGCAAACCCAACAGGCAUUUUCGAAGAAUCUGUCCGGACAUGACUUCGUUCCAACGCUCAUUGCUGGAGAUCGUCUGGCUCGUCUGCAGAUGCAGCAGAAUCGUACUCGUGCGGCGAAGGAUACAAAUAGAAAAUUGUACGAGUACUUCUGCGCUACACUCUCUGCUUCUAGUAUUUCGGACAGAGAUAUCGUGCAACAGUUCUACGGCAUCUGUCUCCGUGAGGUCCACAGUGAGAACUACACCUUGAACAUCCUCACAACGACAACCAGCCUUGUUCGAGACCUCUGCAACGAAUCUCACUUCAGCGACGCAAGCGAUGUGACCGGUGUCUUGCACUCAUUCCUCCAUCUCACCGACGGUCUAAACAGCUACGAGAGUAUCCUCGCCGCGACACAGCUCUGCCUAUACCUGAGCGGCCACAACGCCACCCGUUGCCAGAACACAACAAUGUUCAACGAAAUGUCCGUAAAGUCAAAGCUCCUCCUGCAAGAACUUAUGACGGCAUCAAAAUCAAUCGGUAUCGAAAUCGUCGAUCUCCCAUUCACCCAGCUAAACGACAUAAUCACCCUCCUGGGCGAACACGAAAUGUUCGACGAACUAGAAGGCAUCCUAACCCAACUCUGGACAUCAAGAAUCGUCCAACGACUCUGGACCCCGGACGUGGUUGUAUGGAUUGGCCGACGACUCGUGGAAACGCGUUUCUGCCGCGGCUCCGUCGACUCGGCUAUCCAGCUUUGUCGGGAUAUCUGCUACAACUUGCGUCAAGUUUGGGGAAGUUGUGAUCCUGUCACGCUGGAAAUGACGAAAUUGCUCUCUGGGCUUUUCACUGCGUCUAACGAUCAUCAAUCUGCCGCAACGCUGCACGAAGGCGUGCUGUACGAUUUGCUCAGUGACUCCGAUGCGAAGGACCAUCCACGUGCGGCCGAUACGGCGACGCAGCAUAUGGAAUUGAUGCGUCGGGCUCAGGAGCGUCUUGGUGGUCCGCAUACCUCUACUCGGGCUUCUGCGCAUGCGGAUUUGGUUUCGCAGGUUACUGAGCGCUUCGGAGUUGACUCUGAGCAAAUCAAGGGGGUCGGGGAGGCGAAUGGUGGUGAGAAGUUUGGCGUUUGGUCGAGGCCUAGACGCUUUAGUAUUGAUGUUGAGGAUUUGGAGGAUGAGCGUCAGAGUGAUACGCAUCAUAAUCAUCUCCGUGAGUCUAGUGGGGUUGGUUUAAUGAAUGGUAGUGGACAUGUGAGGAGGAUUUCGGUGCAGGCGCUGUGA